CUUCAUGCCGCCUGACAUUCCGAUCGGGGAUAUCGACUCGUUGCUGGCCAUGGCCACUAAGUUCGGUGACGAGAGCGCUAAGUCGCAGUACCCGGUCUGGAGGAAGCAGAAGGUUGAUGCUGUCAAGGGCCCCGUGGAGAAGCCUCUUGAGCGUCAGGCUAACGGGGCGCUGCAGCAGGGCCGCAUCCUGGAGCGACGCCUCAACCGAGAGCUCGACAACCUGGUGAAGGCUCGGAAGUGGCGCGAGCAUUGCACCACGGCCGCGGCCGACGCCCAGGCCGAGCCCAACCAGCAAGACCAAGUUCACAAAGACCUGGUCUCCCACCUCCACAAGGAAUUCGACGAGCGCCGCGCUCAGCUCCAGGCUGGACUGGCCGCCCUCGCGAAGGACCUUCUCUCCAGCAUGGCGGCCUCCAUCGACGAGAUCAAGUCUGACCGCGCAGCUCGCGCCAAGCGCCCCGCCAAGAAGCGCAAGGAUCGCCAGUUCGAGAAGCUGCAGGCGCUGAGGGUGGGCUUGGACACGGAAGUGGCGGAGCUGAUGGCGACCAACAGGGGCAAGCAUUUGCUGAUGCUGCCGCUGAGUUUGGCGCCCCUGCCGCUGAC